AUGGUUAAGGACUGGAUUACGAAGAGUUCAAUCUCUGCAGGAAGGCUGACCCCUGAGCCCUGGUUCACCAGCCACCUUCCCACAGCGGGUGUCUCAACUUGCAGAGAUUGCCUGGAAGAACUGGAGGGGACUCACGACCUGGUUUCACUUCUGCAAAGCUGCCUGGGGAGGCUUCCUGGCAAGGGCAACUUUCAUCAGCUCUCAUGUCAAGACCCUCCUGGUGAGACGUGCAAAGCCGUGCCUGCUGGAGCCUGUGGAAGCUACUGCUUGAAGGGUUGGGAACCCUGCGUGAACACCUCCUGUAGGGUUUCCUUCCUUGAUCCAGACACUCGAGAGGUGCUGGAAGCACAUAUUAAAAGGUUUUGGGUAAAGCACAGGUGGACCCUACCCCUCAAGGUCCUCAAGCCCAUAAAUCUCUUUAAGUCGAAAAAGUGCCAACCCUCCACCGUUCUGCAGUUUGCCACUUCCCCUUCAGCCACCUGUGUGUCUGGGUCCCACUCAACAGUCAAGUUUGCUGAGUUCCUGGAGAAACCUCCUCGGGCUCAUUCAGGAGAGAAGGUGAUAAGAGAAGAGUCAGUUCCUACCCUGAAGAGGCCUCUCCUUGUCCCCUCAACUGUGUGUAAGGAAAUCCAGAGUACCCUGGGAGCGGUUCCAUCUAUUGACUACCAUGGGCCCUCAAAGGCUUCUCUGACUGGACAGGAGGGCAGGCCACCUUCUCAGUCCCUCACACUCAGCCUUGUGGGCAGAACCUGGAAGAGUGAGAGUGUGGAAUGGGUCAAGAGGGACAGCCUAGAGCCAGGUCCAAUUUCAGCAACGGUCAGGAAUGAGCCAAGAGAGGAGAGUGGUGGUCAGGCCUCACGAGACCCCUGCCAUAGGGUAACAGUGAUGGAGGUGAACUUAGGAUCCCAAUCUUUGAGAGGUGAAGAGGCCAGGGAGGCUGUGGAGGCCAAGGAGUCUCCUGCUCUUCAACCACAGUCUAGUGUUAUCUUGGAAACCAAAGUGUUGACAAAAUCCCAAACUACAAAUGUACAUAUGAGGAGUUUAGAGGUGCCAGGGGCCAGUAGAAGUUUUCUACUACCUAGACUGUCUGUUUUCCAACAUCCAGGUGAGCCAUGCCUUAACAUGGAGGUUGCUAGUGAGUUUAACUCCAAAGUAAAGGUACAGUCAGACAACCAGCUUCAGGACUUUCCCAAACACAGGUUCCUUGCUGCAGACAACUUGGCUUCUCAGGUGCCUCAGUGCCAUCCCCAGAGAGUCCCCACCAGAGAUAGAUCAACCUUGAAGAGUGGGACUGCUGAGGGUCGGGCAGGCAUGACAGCUGUUGGACAGAUCGUAGAAGAAAACAGAGCAGUUCACCAUGGACUUCAUGCCACAAAGUUAAACGAACACAGACUGGAGUUCCAAGUCCCAGUAUGUGGGGGUUUCGGCUGCCAUAGGCUUACCCCCUACCCAGAGCAAGGGAGAAUGAUGGGUUCUACAGCCUGCAGUCAUGAAGCCACCUCCAAGGGCCAGAGUUGUCCUAUCAGGGAAAGGGAAGUCAGACACCAACAUAGUUUGAAAAGUGUAAGGUUCGACGAUGAGCAGCUGGGCCUAAGGUGCCUCCCAUCCUUGCCCCCCAAGAAGAGUUUGUUUCCAGUUAGUACCUGCCAGUAUGGGCCAAGGAUUCCAGGGCGCAUGGUGGACACAGCUCCAGGUGGUGUGUUUCUCAUUGUGGAGAUUUCUGUUCCAGCUGAUGCCCCUGAUCCAGAUGACAACAGAAAUGGACCCCAUCCCCCAUCCCUGUCAGGCCCCUCAACACGUGGAAAUGCUGUGACCUGGGGUGGAGGGGGCAGAGUGAGCACAGGACUGCUCACACCCCUGGUUUCUCCCUGGAGCCAGGCCCUACCUCUGGGCCCCAAUUCCCAAGGCAGCCUCCAGAAUGGGCAGAGCAGUGAGAGUGGAGCCAGGACUUGUGGGAGGGGUCGGUACCCAGAGGAAAGAGUUGACAGGGCUGGGACCUGA